AUGGAGCCCUUGGUUCAGGGCCACCCCGCGUGCCCGCUGGUGGGUGUAGACCAGCUGGUGAGCACAUUCAUCGAGGAGUCUUUCCUACUUCGAGUUUGCUGUAUAGGCUUCCCCGGCAUCAUCUUUGCGCUCAAUAUCGCCUACGUCAUCUUCCUUGUCACUGCACUCUGGCGUUGUGCUAGUGGGUGUAGACCAGCUGGUGAGCACAUUCAUCGAGGGGUCUUUCUACUAAGAGUUUCAUGUAGGCUUCUCCAGCAUCAUCUUUCCGCUCAAUGUACUUCAAAAUUACUACUUACCGGUAGAAGCGGGUAUGUUUCGGGUGCCUACAUCAACUUGCCCUCGGGGCACGCCUUCCGUGUCGAGCCGGUGCUGGUUCAGCUUGCCACACCGAAUGCUUCAAUCGUCGGCCCUCUCGCUGGUAUCUUAGUCGGCCUCACCUACGUCUACAGUGCCAUCACGCCCAUCUCCGACCUCGUCUGAAACCUGUUCGGACUGCAACCCUCGCGCCUGACGCGGCCGCACCACAGUUCCUACGACCGUCGGCGUCAGCCAGCAGUUUGCUAGACCAAUGGCUCCUAGGAGGCAUUGGCUAGACGCGAUGCCAUGGGGGGCAAUCAUUGCGUCGAUUGUACUGGUUGCGUUGCACACACACAUUGUGCCGCGUCAAUUGAAGCAGCUCGUGAACAGUCCCUGUGUCACCGCUGUGCUCGUGAUA